AUGUUUAUGAUUUGUAAAGACAAUCAGCCAUUAAGCAUAGUCGAAGAUGCAGGGUUUAAAUACUUAAUGAAGACAGUUUCACCAAAUUUUAAAGUACCCAGUCGUCGAUAUAUUCUUAGCAAAAUAUUUGAAAAAUAUGAUGCAAUGAAGGAAAUUUUUAUGGAAAAAUUAAAAAAUGUACAAUGUUUCACUUUAACCACAGAUAUUUGGACAGACAUCCAAACUAGGAGUUAUAUUGGUGUUACUAUUCACUUGGUUGAUCAAUAUAAAUUCAACGCAGCAUUAUUAGGAGUAUAUGAACUAGACGAGAGACAUACAAGUGAAUAUAUAGCCACUAAAUUGGUAGAUGUUUGCGUAGAAUGGAAUAUUACCAAACAAAAAAUAGUUUCAGUGGUAACCGAUGGAGCGGCAAACAUGACUAAAGCUAUCUUUUGGAAAAAAAAACACAUUCUUUGCUUUGCACAUAAACUGAAUCUGGUAGCACAGAAUGCAAUUUCAAGUGUCUCCAAACUGACAGAACUAAUUUCAAAAGUGAAAAAUAUUAUUAAAUGGUUUAAGCAUAGUGUUGUGGCAAGCGACGAACUGCGAAAAGCAACCAAUGGUGAUGGGAAACUUAUUCAAGAGGUGGCAACCAGAUGGAACAGUACUUAUUACAUGUUAGAACGCUUCACUAAACUAAGCAAAAUAAUUAAUGAUAUUGUGCAUAAACAUAUUACAGCGCGAUCAAUGAUAUUUCUGAUAUUAUAG